GACAGAUGUGACUACGUCUUUGUCAAUGGGAAGGAAAUGAAGGGCAAGGUGAAUGUGGUAGUCAGCUUCACCUACCAGCACCUGAGCAGCCCCCUGGAGAUGACAGUGUGGGUGCCACGGCUGCCCCUGCAGAUUGAGGUCUCAGACAUGGAGCUGAACCAGAUCAAGGGCUGGAGGGUCCCUGUUGUCUCCAACAAAAGGCCAGCUCGAGACAGUGAGGAGGAGGAUGAUGAUGAGAAGAGGGGCCGAGGCUGCACCCUCCAGUACCAGCAUGCCAUGGUGCGAGUCUUGACCCAGUUUGUGGCCGAGGCACCUGAUCCCGGGGGACACCUGGCCCACCUGCUGGGCUCUGACUGGCAAGUGGAUAUCACGGAGCUGAUAACUGACUUCAUGCAGGUGGAGGAGCCCAGGAUUGCCAAGCUGCAAGGAGGGCAGAUCCUGAUUGGCCAGGAGCUGGGCAUGACCACCAUCCAGAUCCUGUCCCCUCUGUCGGAUGCCAUCCUUGCCGAAAAGACCAUCACUGUGCUGGAUGAGAAGGUCACCAUCACAGACCUCGGGGUCCAGCUGGUCACGGGCCUUUCACUGUCCCUGCAGCUCAGCCCCGGGAGCAACAGAGCCAUUUUUGCCACUGCAGUGGCUCAGGAACUUCUACAGAGGCCCAAACAGGAAGCGGCCAUCAGCUGUUGGGUGCAGUUCAGUGAUGGUUCUGUCACACCGCUGGACAUUUACGAUGAGAAGGAUUUCUCCCUGAUGGCCACAUCCUUGGAUGAGAAGGUUGUCUCCAUUCUCCAGGACCCUAAAUUCAAGUGGCCUAUCAUCGCUGCAGAAAAUGAAGGGCAGGGGGCUCUGGUGAAGGUGGAGAUGUUGAUCAGCGAAUCUUGCCAGAAAUCUAAGCGGAAGAGCGUGCUGGCGGUGGGAACAGCCAACAUCAAGGUGAAAUUUGGACAGAAUGAUGGGAACCCCAACAGCAGUGAGAGCGGACACCUUGGGGCCGGACUUCAUGUGGAGAAUAUCAAUGAGAGGAGAUCCAAAAAGCCUAUGCAGGAAUGGGGAAGCCCCGAAGGGCCAUACUACAGCAGCUCAUCCAUGGGGCUCAUGGAGGGAUGGGGCAGUACAACCAAGAGGCCGACGUUCCAGAAGAAAGAAGGCCAGGAAAGCCUGUUAGAUGACAUCAUCCUCUCACAGACCAUGGCCACAGACCUCACCAGCUUCCCAGACCAGGUGGACCUCCCCAGGAGCAACACAGGCUCUGAGGAGCAUGACCCCGAUCAGGCAGCCAAGGGCUUGAGUGACCUGGAAAUUGGGAUGUAUGCUUUGCUGGGGGUCUUCUGCCUGGCUAUCUUGGUGUUCUUAAUUAAUUGUGUGACCUUUGCCCUGAAGUACAGGCACAAACAGGUUCCCUUCGCCGAGCAAGAAGGUCUGAGUCACUCUCAUGACUGGGUUGGGCUGAGCAACCGGACAGAGCUGUUGGGGAACCACAUGAACUUCGCCUCCUCCCAAGAGGAGCAGAUCACUGCCAUUGACAGGGGUCUGGACUUUGAGGAGAGCAAACUCCUCCUCAGCUCCAAUUCCCAGAGCAGCAUCAAUGGACAGCUGUUCAGGUCGGCAGGAGCCAUGCUCACAGAUGGGAAGGAACAGAAAAGCGAACCCCCCACAUCCCCUACCUCCAAAAGGAAAAGAGUGACAUUUUCCACAUUCUCUGCCAUCUCCUCAGAUGACGGGUGUUCUGCUGGGAACACCAUGGUGUUGAGUAAUGAGGAUGACAUUAAGUGGGUCUGCCAGGCCCUGGACCCCGGGGAGUGCCCUGAACCUCACGGUUGCAUGGAGAGGCUACAUGAGCAUGUGUAACACAGACUCCAAUGUUAUUCUUACCUUUCAGCCUUUAACCCGCCCGGGUAUGGAGAGUACACAUGCAGCCCAGGGGGAAAUGAGACAAGAGGACACCAUAAGGGUGACACUGUCUAUGGAGCCUUGGGAAAUGAUCCCGGCUUAGCCGGGGAGGCCCAGAGUCGGCACCCAUGCCUAUGCCAUGGCGCACAAUGUUUCAGUGCAACCUGAGAGGUUUACUGUGCAUGGCAAAGUGUUUUCACACCUGGAACAAAGAGGCGUGUUGGAGGGUUCUCAGGGAAGAACCCUCUCCCCCUUUUCAUCUAAGCGAUUUGGUUUUUUGGUGAGAUCCACGCUGCUCUGAGAGUCAGUAUUUCA